AAGGCCCCAACUCAAGUUUCAUCUGUUCCCAAGACAAUAGCACAGAAAAUUCAGAGCCAAGAAGUUGAAAGAGUUUCCGUCAGAAGAGAUUGAGAUGGAAGGCCAAGGCGCAGAGUUGGAGAUGAUCACCGAGCUGAGGCUGGGCCUGCCGGGUUCCGAUCCCACGCCACAGUCGUCCCCUAAGAGGAAGAGAGUCGGUUUCACGGCCGCCGGAGAAGGGGAGGAAGAGGAAGUCAGCGCGAGGACGGAGGAGAUCAAGGGCGGUGACGAUCAGAAGGUGGUAGGGUGGCCGCCCGUCUGCUCUUACAGGAUGGUCAGCUUCAAGGGCAGGAGCGAGGAGGAGAGGUCGGAGGUGUACGUCAAGGUGAGCAUGGACGGUGUUCCGUUCCUAAGGAAGAUGCACCUCAAGGCCUACAAGGGAUACUCCGACCUCUCCCGCGUGUUUGCCACCAUGUUUUCCAACCUUGCUCUCGGGGAAGGUUGCAGUAACUCAGAGUACAUCACCGCAUAUGAAGAUAAAGACGGAGAUUGGAUGCUGGUUGGAGACGUUCCCUUUGAGAUGUUUGUGGAGUCAUGCAAAAGGCUCAGGAUUAUGAGAAGAACCGAGGCGAUCAAUAUGAGCACAGGCUUUGAGGAGCCCAGAAAGAAGAGAAAAUUGUCCUCAAACUGAUCUCUCCCUCUCCCUAUAUUACAUAUAGAUACACACACAGUGUCGAAUAACAGGUGGAGCAAGAGCAGAACUGCUCCGAAACAUAUAUACCGUGUUCAAUUAUGUAUACAGGAGUUUGAUUUAUCAUAGGAGAAAUGCAAGACAAAGUAAUAUUGCAGAGUUGUAAUUAACUUGACUGGUUUGUAUUUUAUUUUUUCUGACCAGGCCAAGAAAACUUUUCUGUUUUCUUUCUUCUUAAUAUAUUGAUCUUGAGGAAA